AUGCCUAGCCUUUCGAGAACUUCGCAUCGUCUGCUUGGGACGGUAGGGAAUAAGCCAUAUGCGACGCAGCAAGACCACCACGACCCACUGCCAACACCACCCGCAUCGAACAGCGCCGCAUCCUCCGCCAGCAAGACUGCGGAAGAGGAAGACAUAUACGGUAGUCCAGUAUCCACCGACGAUGAAGAGCCCGCCCCGAAAGCAACAUCCACUGGCAGGGCGAAUGCGAAGUCCUCUACAAUCGGUGUUGACGACGAGAGACCGAAACGUCCGUUGUUCAUAGUGCCGAAGAACGCACAACCUCGUAGACGAGAUAGAAUCCAUACGGCUAGUGAGAGAGCUGCAUUGCGACAACCUACAUCCGAUGCAAGGACCAGUGACGUAAAAUCUCGACCCCAGACUUCAGGCUUCAGGCAUGCACGGAACGUUGAGACGAAGAGCGAACAAGCAAGCCCGUCAGCAUUCAAACUCCCAGGUUCGAGAGACAGUCCCGGCACGACUGGUAGCAAGCGCAGCAGUGACGAUGACCCUUCUGCCAGCGAGGAUGACAAGCCGAUAUUCAGCUCGCAGGGCUCAUUCAAGCGCAUGAAGCCGUCACCGAAUCUACACGUAAAGCCGUUCGCCGCCUCCUACAGCCGUAAGCAGAAUAAGUAUGGAAAAGGCAGUCAGCGGCGGGACAGUAAGGCACACAAGAGCUUCAAUGCGCCAAAGCCAGCAGAGGUGCAGAAAGAGGUCGCGCCAGCACCGAAGUUUGCGCAGCCGAAAGGUCAGGAUGUUUUUCGGUUUGGAAGUUCCGGAGAGCAGCCUCAAUGGCAAGCGGUGGGCGGUGGUACGGUACAUGGGCACGACGCGGACUCGUUGCCUUCGUCUCCGCUGUCUUCGGCACCAAGCAGUCCUGGCGUUGAAGAAGUUCCAGCACCGCAUUUGUUCCCGCCAACGGACUACGUAUCAACGGUGGAGUGUGCGAUAUGCGGACAACAAGUGGACAAGGUCCUUCGAGAAGAGUUUGAAGACCAAUUUACUGGAGGCAGACAGCUGAGCUACAAGUGGCAACAGCGGUUCUGCACCCAUCACAGACGACACGUCGGCGAACAGCAAUGGGAAACGAGGCAGUUGCCGGUGAUCGACUGGGACGGGCUGGAAGAGCGAAUGCUUGGGCGUGACGCGCAUCUUCUCGCGGUCAUGGACGGGACGAAACCGUCUUACCACCGCAGACAGCUUGAGGAGCGGUCGAAGGAACGAUCAAGAUCAGCCAUAGAGGUGGUGACAGACGGCGUGAAGCGAGGGAUGCUAGUAGGCUAUUAUGGACCAAGAGGAGAACGAACGAUGACGGAGCAUAUUGUUACGCACCUCUCUGACCAGCUUCGCGCACAAGCUAAGAAGGACGAUCUGAUCGCCACAGCAGGUGUCUCGGGUGGUGUGUCUGGAUUUGUCCAGGCUGUGUUGGUGCCCGAGCUUGCGCAGCAGCUCGUGAUGGAAGACAUGGGCAUAGGGACCGAGGAAGAGGCCCGCCGACUCAUUGCUGAGACUGCUGAACUCGGAGAGCUCAUACAUCCAGAAGCGGAAGAGAGGGUGCGAGAGGUUGUGGAGGUGGAAUAG